UGGCUAGCAACAACAGCUUUCAGCCCAGACAAGCAGCCGGCGGCUCCGAGAGCGGGACUUUUUUUAUUUUAUUUUAUUUCUCCCCGCGUGUCUUUCCACGAGAAUUCGCUUCCAGGGAAUCUUAAACACGAACAGCUCCUUAGUUGCAGAACAGCGGCUGAAACCCCCCCCUGACCUCUGCUCAGAGAUAUGAGCGGCAGCGGGCGGCCCAGGACCAGCUCGUUUGCUGAGCCGCCAGGUGUUCCGGGAGCGUCCGCCGGACCAGCCGCUGCCGUGGGGAGCAGCACAGGAAAGUCCGGGGUCCCGCAGGCCUCCGGAGGCAGCUCGUCAGGAUGCUCAAACCUCAAGCUCGCCAGAGACAGUGGGAAGGUGACAACAGUUGUGGCCACACCAGGUCAGGGACCAGACCGCCCACAGGAAGUCUCUUACACUGACAUCAAGGUCAUUGGCAAUGGAUCGUUCGGUGUGGUGUACCAAGCUCGGCUCAUCGACACCCAGGAGAUGGUGGCCAUCAAGAAGGUUUUGCAGGAUAAGAGGUUCAAGAAUCGGGAACUACAGAUCAUGAGAAAGCUGGACCACUGCAACAUUGUCCGACUGCGUUAUUUCUUCUACUCCAGUGGCGAGAAGAAAGAUGAAGUGUACCUCAACCUGGUGCUGGAUUAUGUCCCUGAGACGGUCUACAGGGUUGCCAGGCAUUAUAACAAGGCCAAGCACAUCAUUCCUUUCAUAUAUGUGAAGGUGUACAUGUACCAGUUAUUUCGCAGUCUGGCGUAUAUCCAUUCCCAGGGAGUUUGUCACAGAGACAUCAAGCCCCAAAACCUGCUCGUCGACCCCGAAACCGCCAUCCUGAAGCUGUGCGACUUCGGCAGUGCAAAGCAGCUGGUCCGCGGCGAGCCCAACGUGUCGUAUAUCUGCUCGCGGUACUACCGGGCUCCCGAGCUCAUUUUCGGUGCCACGGACUACACGGCGAACAUCGACAUCUGGUCGGCUGGAUGCGUACUGGCAGAGCUGCUGCUCGGACAGCCCAUAUUCCCCGGAGACAGCGGCGUCGACCAGCUUGUAGAGAUCAUCAAAGUGUUGGGUACACCAACAAGGGAACAAAUUCGAGAGAUGAAUCCAAACUACACAGAGUUCAAGUUCCCUCAAAUCAAAGCCCAUCCUUGGACCAAGGUGUUUAAGCCUCGCACCCCCCCAGAGGCCAUCGCUCUGUGCUCCCGGCUGCUGGAGUACACGCCGGCCUCGCGCCUCUCUCCGUUAGAGGCCUGCUCUCACGCCUUCUUCGACGAGCUGCGCCAGCCUAACACGCGGCUGCCGAGCGGACGGGAACUGCCCAUGCUCUUCAACUUCAGCACCACCGAGCUGUCCAUCCAGCCUCAGCUGAACUCAAUCCUCAUCCCUCCUCACGCUCGUUCACACACGGCUGCUUCCGUCCACGAUGGUACCGGUUCAGAUUCAUCUCAACACAGUUCAGUACCAGGAUCCCUCAACAGCAUCUGAAGCAUCGUCUCACCCGCCUACCUGCAAGCCUCACCCUCCUCUCAGACAUACACAAAUACACACUACAGCUUUCCUCUGUGCCGCUCGCUUAAUGAUCUGUUUCUGUAAACGCUUUGGACAAACUGUUAGUUGUUUAGCUGCCAGGACGGAAACGACAGCAGAUUACACACGCAGACAGUUGGGUGGCAUGAAAAGGUUCAAUUGUGGGGGCUGGUCCUCUGAGAUCCACCUUUUUUCUUUUUUUUUUCUUUUUAAAUCAGCAUUUGGUGUUUAUUUAUUUGACAAAUUGGAAAAAAAUUAAUUGUGUGAUUUAAGUUUUGUUUUUUUUCUCCACUUGCAAUCAUUAUUAUUAUUCUUUUAUGUUUUUAAAACCCUGUUUGUAAUGCUGGACUGCGCUUCCCGAUCAACACCGGAACUGAGCCCUCGUAGGUGUUCUUCUUGUAGAGCUUAUAGACGGUUUGUGGUGUUUAUCUGGUGAGUCUGUUGCGUUUUUACAGAUCAGGGUGGAAGUUAUCAGCCGCCAGUAAGAGACCGACAGAAUCCUCCCGCUCGGUCUGAAGCUUCCUGUCGGGUAAAAAAAACGCACGUUCCCUCACCAGCCUGGUGGUGAAUUUACCCAGCAAUGAUUUUAUAGUUAUCGCUCUUUAAAUAUCAGUUAGAUCUUUCAUCGUUUGAGCCCUCCUCUCCGUUUUUAAUCUGGAUUUAAUUUAAUUUGCCCCUCGGCUUUGGCUACAUCUAUUACAACGUAAAUAAAGUAAAAUCAAAGUAAAAUUAGUCUGAGUAUUUUUAGACAAUUAGACCGAAACUGUUCUGCUUCUUAUUUAUUCAGGGGUUAAAGGUAGGGUAAGUGAUUUCUGGAUGACAUCAUGUCUGUUCUCACUUGAAUGUGUUGCCUCAGAAGACUUUGCAGUGGUUUAGAUAUGAAGACUGUUUUUAAACUACUUUUCUGAUAU